AUGGAGCCUGCAAGUGACCAACACAAGCGACAGAAGCUUGGUUUCGAGGACUACUCAGAUUCGAAAGUCCUUUCCGACAUUACGAUCCGAUACGGAGCUUUAGGAGAGCGUACCUUCGAAGCGCACAGAAUAGUGCUUAGCGCGAAGUCAUAUUGGUUCAAAGCAGCCUUCACUGGACAAUUUGCAGAAAGUUCCGCCAGGGAGGUCACCCUGAAAGAAGACGAUCCCGAUGCUCUUCUCACUAUACUCAACUUUGCAUACGACCAAAAGAUACCCCCUCCAGAUGACUCGUCGUCUGGUACUCCUCUCAACAUGCGUCAUUGUUUGGACUUGUACCGUAUGGGCGACAAGUACGACUAUCCCCAAUUCCGGGACCAGGCCGUCUCAUUGUUCAAGUGUAGCAUGAGUGGUUGGUCUAUCAGACGCAGCGACCCGUUCCCCAGAAAUGCCGUUGCACAAAAAGAGUUUUGUGGGUUCGUCAGAGACGUCUAUGAUGUUGCUGGUUCAGACCACCAACCUAGUCAUUCACUGGUAGAUGUUUCGCUAGGAUUUGCAGACGGGCAGCGAUCGACAUGCAUGGUCAACGGCAUUGGUGACGAGCCAUUGAUAGCGUCGGCCUGUCGAGAAGUGGCAGAAUUUGGACGCGACAUCUUUCUCCAUCCAAUGGCAAAGACUGGACUCGUUCGUCAGGAUGGCGGUAUCGUGACUGAGGCUCUGUCUAUCGUGACUAGGAGAGUGUGUCCAGAUUGCGACGAGGUUGUGUCGAUGGCCGACCUGGAGGAAGAUGACUGGGAGGGCUACUGUCCUCGUUGUGGUGAGCACCAGCUAGACUGGCGGCCAGCAAUGCUGUGCUACGAGGAAGAAAAAUUCAUUGAGGAAGGGACACAGAGCAAAUGAUGGUAUUGUUACG